ACAUCCUUUGACACCCUUUGAAAAUUUUAUAAUUCAUAGUUUUGCGCCCUUUUAAACACAUUAAAACCGCAUUUUAACAAUUUAAUUAAAUUUAUCAAUUUGACCACGAUUUAUUGAGAAACUUUUUAAAUAACUUAACUAAUCUACUUCAUUGAUUUAUUUUCUAAUUACCAAAAAAUUGACAAUGACAACUCCACAACAAUCAGUUCCAUUUAAUAUCCUCUCAUCACGCUUUGCAUCCAUUGCUGGAACAUCAUCUGGACCACCGAGUGAGGCACCAAGCAGUGAAAUUUCAUCUGUCGAUAGUUUUAGUGAUUUAAGAACUAUUGCAGCUGGAUUAGGAAUUACAGAUCCAGAAGAAAUUUACACAGAACGAUUCAAGAUUGAUCGUACGAAAUUGGAGGAGAUGAUAAAGCUUGAAGGAUAUUGUGAAACAAUGAACAAAGCAGAAUGGUUUUUUGCUAACCUUAUGAAGGAAUCAUUAGUCCAUGUAUCAUGGCCAUGUCGCCUUAAAAUUGGGGCAAAAACCAGAAAAGAUCCACAUGUGAGAAUAAUUGGCAAGAAGGAAGACGUUUUACGUGUUAAAGACAAAGUUAUGGCAGUUCUAGAUGCUAAAGGAAAUCGAGUAAUAAUGAAAAUGGAUGUAUCAUAUACAGACCAUAGCUACAUAAUUGGCCGAGGUGGAAACAAUAUAAAGCGUAUAAUGGAUGAAACACAAACUCACAUUCAUUUCCCCGAUUCUAAUCGAUCAAAUCCAACGGAAAAGUCCAAUCAAGUGUCGUUAUGUGGGUCAUUGGAAGGCGUUGAAAAGGCAAGGUCAUUAGUAAGGGAAUCUACACCACUAUUACUGUCUUUUGAAUUACCAAUUAUGUUUCCUGGCGCACCAACUUAUGACAAUAAUACACCUUUCAUAAAGGAGAUGGAGAAGCAGUAUGGAGUACAAGUUAUUUUUAGUGCUCGACCAAAGCUUCAUUCUUCGAUGGUGCUUGUUAAAGGCUGUGAAAAGGAACACAAGAAUGUCAUAGACGCGACCAGAAGAAUAAUUGAGUACAUGUUUGAGGAUCAAGCUCCACAUCGUCACGUGAUCAUGCACUUGGAGAUAACAACAUCACAUCAUCCAAUUGUGCUUGGGAAGAAUGCACAGAACUUGAGAGAGAUAAUGCAACGAACGAAUACGAUAAUUAUUUUCCAAGACUCGAAUGACGCAAAUGUCAAACCAAUAAAACGCUCACAAGUCACCAUCAGUGGACCAAUUAACGGAGUUUAUAUGGCACGACAACAAUUACUCGGCAAUAUUCCCGUGACAGUCAUUUUUGAUUAUCCUGAUAUUAACAUUGAAAGCGAAACAAUCAAGGAAUUAAUGGCUUCACAUGAUGUUUUUAUAAGCUCACGUCCGAAAGCACGACAAAGCACUAUGUGUAUUGUAAUUAAAGGAAUAGAAAAGUUUAUUACAAACAUUUAUGAUGCUCGUCAUGAAUUGCUCAAGUUGACAUCGGAUCGCAUUAUUGCUGAAAUACCGAAUACCUAUUACGGACCAAAUGAUAUGACUAAUUUCAAGGAUAGCUCAGUAGCACAAUUAGUUGCAUCGUCAAUGACUUAUUCGGCUAUGUCACCAAUCCAGAUUCCUCAACUUCCAUGGAGUAAUGUUAUAACACCUGAAAUGAAUUGGCGCUCACGUGUUGUUCAACAGCCAGCCUCGCCAUUAACAGCAACAAUGUUACAACAGCAUAAUCAAAUCACAUCGAGCAUGCAAAUUCCUUCAAUCAAUAUUGCUAAUGUUAGUGAUUUGCAUACGAGUGGAUAUUCAACGUUUAAUUCCGAAAACUCUAUUCUAAAGAAUGGAUCAUCUGUUAAUGGAAGUAGUCGUAACACGUCGCCUGAAAAUUCCAUAAAUUAUGGAUCUAAAUAUGGUCCUUCGAUGGGAAAUUAUAUGGAAUCGCCAAUGCAUCAGCAAAAUCUCAAUGAUUCGCUUACUUACUCGCUUGAUCCUCGCAUAAUUGCUGGAUUACGUGCGAUGAGCUUAACACCACAACAAGGUGAAGCUCGCACACCAACGGCAGCCUGGCAAGGCAUGGGAAUAUCAAGAACAUCGCCAUCACAACUCGAACACAAUUCAUGGUCAGAAGCUGCGCAACAAGAUGGAAUAGUUCCUGGAUUGUUUAACAUGACAACAUCACUGCUGGACUCAACGCCAAUGCGAAAUCGUUCACAACUAUCAAAUUACAGUGACAUCGCGACAUUGUUGACUGGUUUGGGCUUGGGACAUCACAUACAACAUUUUGUUAACGCUGAAAUCGAUAUGAGUGUAUUUCCAACAUUAAAUGAACAAGAUUUAAUUAAUCUUGGCAUAAAAGCAUUGGGCGCACGACGUAGAAUAAUGAUGGCAAUACAGAACAUGAAUCAAUUAGCCAAUAUGCAGCACGAUCAUACAAUGCAACAAAAUAAUAAUUCACAACAGUCAUCGUCAUCAUCAAAUUCCAUUCAGCAUACAUCACCACCAACACCGCUACGUGGUUUUCGCUUUAACGGCUCUGCAGCACCUGGAGAUGAAAGGCGAUCGUCUGGUGGAAAUUAGAAAAAGCUGAUAAGUAUCAAUUAAUACUAGUGCGCCCGACUGAAUGAUUAAUUGAUUAUGAUCUCAAUUAAUUUUCUUCAUCGGACCAAUUUUUGAGUUAAUUUACAUAUUAUUUACUACUGAAUUUUAUCCUUGAAAAUGAAGGAUAUACAAAUAAGUGAACGUUAUAUAACUUUAUAUAGAAUUAAACAACACAAUUAAAUUCAUGAAUUUACAACAUAAUGCUCACAAACACUUCCUGGAUCUCAUGUUUGCUAUUUAUGAUGCAUUUAAACUCGAUGAUCUCACAAAAAACGUUAACUUCCAUGUUAGUUUAAUUAAGGAAGAAAAUUAACAACUAGAACAGCAUCAAAGCUUCGUAAAAUUUGCUCUCGUAGAAAAUGUAAUUUAAAAAAAAAGCUUGAAAUUGAAAAUUUGUUAUAAGCUUUAGUGACAUUUUUCUCUGAUAUAAUUACCAUGUCAUCGUGCUCACUUAAUGGAGAAAUUGGAAAACUAUGCAGAAGUUGGUGUGUUGGAACUGCUAGUCGGUUUAUUGAAUACCAGAUUUGAGACUUUUAGACGAGUUGAAAUUUUUCUGCCGUCAAAUUAUUCGAAAUUUAAUCGACAGCUAAAAUUCAAACUUUGAUUCGCUGUUAAAAAUUUCAAUUAAAUUAUUGGAUUUUACAACAUUUUAACUAUUUAAACCUCAAAACAUCCUUAAAAACUCCAAAUAACCAACGUUAUUUCAGUUUCUGCAUCUAAUUUAUGAUUUUAAAUCUAACUCGUUCAAUGGUGAAGCAAAGUAAAAUUAAAAACGUGUUUGUGUGAAUAAUUUUUACAAUUUUAUCGUCAUUCCGUACCAGAAGAAUUCACAUCUCCAACAUCACCAGCAGAAUAGACUCAAAAAGUUUUCUAUUUUUUUCGCAUUGCACGAAAGGAAUUUUUAUAGAGAGGAACCAACAACCAACAACAACAACUACUACUACCAAAAAAAAAGAACGACUGAACUCUUUCAAGUGUUUUCUGUGUUUCAAACAAAAAAAAAACUUUUUCAUUUUCUGUUUUUGUGUAUUUUUUUGCUGCUCAUACUCAAACUUUAUAUAAAAUUUCAUUUCAUUCUUUUUGAGAACGUUUCUCCUGCAAACGAGUCCAUUUUUACAUGUCAUAGCGAAUGGCAAAAGCUUGUGCAGCACAGAAGAAACUUAUUUCUGCACGACUAGAACUUUUACAUUUGAGAUAGAGCUUUGUUGUGAGGACCUCACAGACGAUUCAGGAACGAAACGUUUCUCAAUGUAUUUUAAUUCCAUUAACUAUUCAAUUUAUGUCCCCACACUUUUUUUUUUCUCUCUUGCCUUAAAAAAGAGAAAGAAAAUUUCCUCCUUUAAACUUUUGAACUUAUUCUUGCCACAGUCAUGUCCCUUGACUUUUUCUUUUUCAUCUCAACGGCAUUUCUCUCUAUAAUUUUCCUGGCAAUAGCUGUAAUUAUAGCAUGUAAGUGAGCACACACAAGGAUUUAAUUUGUAAGAUUUCUUUUCUUUUGUACAAUUAUUAUUAUUAUUUGUAUCAAACAAUUAUACACAUUAAUUAUGAUUAUAUUAGAAACAAGAAGAAUCAACACUCAGCAUAUAGAUAUAUGGAUUAUAAUAAAUAUAUAAAAUAUUUUGUAUUUAAUUUUUAAGGAA